AUGGCGCGCCCCGGGCUGGAGCGCGCCCCGCGCCGGAGCGUCGGAGAGCUGCGCUUGCUCUUCGAGGCACGCUGCGCCGCGGUCGCCGCCUCAGCCGCAGCCGGGGAUCCCCGGGCCCGCAGGGCCAAGCGGCGAGGGGGACAAGUCCCCAACGGGCUCCCGCGGGCUGCCCCUGCCCCAGUGAUCCCGCAGCUAACCGUGACAACCGAGGAGGACGUGGCCCCGGCCAGCCCCGGGCCGCCGGAGCGGGAGGGUGACUGGCUCCCGGCGGCAGGGUCGCACCUGCAGCAGCCACGCCGCCUAUCCACCUCAUCGCUCUCCUCCACCGGCUCCUCGUCGCUGCUCGAGGACUCGGAAGACGAUCUGUUGAGCGACAGUGAGAGCCGGAGCCGCGGCAACGUGCAGCUGGAAGCCAGCGAGGACGUGGGUCAGAAAAGCCACUGGCAGAAGAUCCGUACCAUGGUGAAUCUGCCAGUCAUGAGUCCUUUCAAGAAACGCUACUCGUGGGUGCAGCUGGCAGGCCACACAGGGAGUUUCAAAGCUGCAGGCACUAGCGGCCUCAUCCUGAAGCGCAGUUCUGAGCCGGAGCACUACUGCCUGGUGCGGCUGAUGGCAGAUGUGCUGCGUGGAUGUGUGCCUGCCUUCCAUGGUGUAGUGGAGCAGGAUGGCGAAAAUUACUUGCAGUUGCAGGACCUGCUUGAUGGCUUCGAUGGACCUUGCGUGCUUGACUGCAAGAUGGGUGUCAGAACUUACCUGGAGGAGGAACUGACCAAGGCCCGAGAACGGCCCAAACUGCGGAAGGACAUGUACAAGAAGAUGCUGGCAGUGGACCCUGAGGCGCCUACUGAGGAGGAGCACGCACAGCGCGCUGUCACCAAGCCGCGUUACAUGCAAUGGCGCGAAGGCAUCAGCUCAAGCACCACGCUCGGCUUCCGCAUCGAGGGCAUCAAGAAAGCCGAUGGAUCUUGCAGCACCGACUUCAAGACUACACGAAGCCGAGAACAGGUCACUCGUGUCUUUGAGGAGUUCAUGCAAGGAGAUGCUGAAGUGCUGAGGAGGUAUCUGAACCGCCUGCAGCAGAUCCGGGACACGCUUGAAAUCUCAGAGUUCUUUAGGAGGCAUGAGGUGAUUGGCAGCUCCCUCCUCUUUGUGCAUGACCAUUGCCAUCGCGCUGGUGUGUGGCUCAUCGAUUUUGGCAAGACCACUCCCCUUCCUGAUGGCCAGAUCCUGGAUCAUCGGAGGCCCUGGGAAGAGGGCAACCGUGAAGACGGCUAUUUGCUGGGGCUGGACAAUCUCAUUGGCAUCCUGGCCAGCCUGGCUGAGAGAUGAGGCUGGGCCCUUGUCCCCACACUUGGGCUGGCUGGCCAGACAGACAAUGAACCUGUGGCUGCAUCCCCAUCAUGCAUGCCGGCAACAGAUUGGAACCCCGCUGGGCGGGCAGUUCACAUGGUCCUGCAGGACCAAGUGCCAUCCACUGAGGGGGUAUACUACCAACAUGAGGAGUUUGCCUUCACAUGAGCCCCAGCCUCCCAGAGCUGAAUGACACUAAUAUACAGGAGGGGAGGGAACACUGGGCUUCUUCCUCAGCCCAGCUCUUCUGAGGUGGCUCUAUACCUCUCCAGAGGGGCCAGAUACAGAAUUUUAUUUCACAGGUGUAGACCUACUGGUCUAACUUCCUACACUACAAUGGACACCCCUUCCUAAUAAAACUCAAAGAUGCAG